AUGUCGACUGAUUUCCCCGAAUUCAACAAGACUGCCUUGCGCAUUCGCACCCUCACGGCCACUUUACGUAGGAUGCACAACACUGAACGCCCUCCGAGCAGUCCCUCCGAAGUUUCCUCCUUUCUGCGCCAUAUGGCAACUCUUCUUACUUGCGGAAGCGACACAGACCCCCCGACGAAACAAGUUGUCGCUGUUACAGGAGGCAUCGAAGAAACUGGGGUUAAAACCCUGGUCGUGGUGCAAAACGAAUCACCUGGACCAGAGGCGUUCUCCCUGCAAGGACACGACAUCGCGAAAUCGGACGAACCAUUCGACGAAAUAAUCUCAGGCCCAAGCAGCGUUCCGCUCGAGAAGCACAUCUCCGACCUCCUGGGUCUUCUGCCGCGUUGCAAACUCUACUCGCGCUUGACAUCCGAUACGAGGAGAUGGAGCAUUCGAGUGCAUGAAGCGCUCGAGGCAUGGGUGCCUGACGAAGGUGAUUCCUCGCUCAAAACCCUUUGGGUGAAAAAACCUCGCUGGGCAGGCCACUUUUAUGAUCAUUCUACGGAAGUAAUAGAGAAGAGGAGCACAGACAAGGGUGAGGAAUGGCAAUUCUCUCAGGCGACUGCUGCAAUAUGGGCUCAGGCUUUAGCAGGGCUGCUUGCAAGUCUCGAGAGAAAAAUCAAGCAGUACAGAGGUUCCUGCGACACCGAUAAGAAGCAUACAUCAUGGCUUUCAACAAAUCAACCGAAGCCGGAUUUUGAGACCACCUUGCGCUCAAUCAACGAUGUAACCUAUUCUCUCUACACCUUCGUGUAUAGGAACUCCAAGAUAUUGAAGAUGCUUUUGGCCCAGAAGUCUCUCCAGAAGGUGUUCCGCACUCAAAGGAAACGCGUUAGAGUUAAUUCCGCCCGUGAUGGGUCUUCGUGGGCAUCCGACGUGACGGCUGAACGCGAUGACGAAGAGCCAGAGCUAGCGCAUGAAAUGAGGGAAACUGAAGGCGACUGCGUUUAUCGGUACCUUCAGUUAAUUGUGGCGUGGCACGCAGCCAUCGAAAGUCUACUCCAGCCAAGGUACCGAAAUGUCUUGUCAAAUAUUUCUGUUGGCAUGGUUGAGGUUGCUGGGAGCGAGCCCGAGCUGAUGCAAGCGGAUGAGUUCGUUGCGGAAUAUUAUGCGAGACGUUCAUUUCUGGUGUUCAAUGCCACCAAGGUUGAAGUUCGAGAGGUACUCGAACCAGCUAUACCGAAGAAGUUCAGCGGCACCAUUCACGCUGAAGCGACUCUUAUGGGUCUUCUGACCUAUUUCUCUCGUCAAGGCGAUGCUAGUUACUAUGCUGGAGAUAUUCUCAACAUCAAUAUUCUGAAGGAGUCCAUUGAACCUGCGUUGGUGAAGCCUGCUAUUGGUGUGGGCAAGAAAUGUUGUUGGUGCUGUUACCGGCUUGCUACUCUUCUCCCGCAACAUUAUGGCGAUGAAAAUCCAAUCUCGCUGCCUGGAACACAUGGAAUUCUCUAUGGGUGGUGUCCUCCCCGUGUUGGAGUUGAAGUUGAGGUCCUCAAAAGGCUGGAGAGCAAAUUGUGGGUGAAGCUGGACCGCGCAAUACACCUCCGAUUGUUGAGGCGUGAGGCUGCACACUCUCGUCAGAGCUCAGGAAUAUUUUGA